AUGCUCACGCCACUCAAAAACUAUCAAAUCAUCAACUGCGGAUGGAUGAGAAGACGAGAGAUGCGCGCGAGCGCACCCAGAGGGGGUAUCUUGGCCGAUCAGAUGGGCCUUGGCAAGACCGUCACAUGUCUAGCCAACAUCGUCAACGGAAGGCCUCUGGAGAGUUUUCCCCCUCAUCUGCAGCCGGAAUCGCAUACUACCCUUAUCGUGGUGCCUUCUAGUCUGCUCGGACAGUGGAAAAAGGAGAUCAGGCUUCACGUCAAACAAGAAUUCCGCCGCAAGGACUGGGGGCUCGGCUGGGUCUCCGUGUUUAGGGACAGUGAAUCCGAGCAACACCACCCUAUGGACUUCGAAUCGCAAGACAUCAUCCUGACCACCUAUCACGACGUAAGAAGCAGUUGGCCGGCUUACGAGAUACCUGAAGGUCUUUCAGAGGCCGAAAGACAAGCGUUCUGGAUGGAAAACGUCUACGAAAAGAGAGGACCUCUUCAUAGAUACAGGUUCCUUAGGAUCGUUCUUGACGAAGGUCAUGUAAUCGCCAACCCCGAGACGCAGAUAGCUAACGCCUGUUUCAAUCUCGUGGCUGACCACAAAUGGGUCUUGACAGGCACGCCGAUGGUGAAUGGAAGCAAAGAUCUAUACAGUUUGCUAUCCUUUAUUGAGCACCCUACGGUGAUGAACAUGCAGUUUGAAUCCUUCAAGUCUCACUUUUGCAACACCAGAGAUCCUAUGAGUCUCGACGCACUAAGCCAGGAAAUGGUAGACAGUGUUGCGUGCUUCACUCACAAAGACAAACUAUUCGACGCCAGGCUCAUCACCCUUCCUAAACCUCACAACACAUCUCUGAAGAUCAACCCAACUGAGUUGGAGAAGGAGAUCUACGACAUCAUCCGUACUCGCUUCAAGGAGCGAGCACAAACUUUCGACGAGAAUGGAGAGCCAAGAACAAAGCAGUUCCACAUCUGGGCCAUGUUUACUCUCUUACGUCAGUUGACAGCCCACCCUUUACUGGUACCCAUGAAAGUUUGUGACUAUCUCGAACCCGAGGACUUUGUCAAACUCGAUAAAGCAGACGUCGCUUACGGAGACUACAUCGGAUGUUUCAAACGCAGCGCAAACUAUCACGUCAACAGCGAGCGCACGGCCUGCUGCUAUUGCGGUCGCGCUAAUGACAAUCCGGUCAUGACCUCGUGCUACCACUUCUACUGUCACACGCAUAUGGAAGAUCUGUUGAACGAGGCAGCUCGUCGCGACGUCGAUCAUGCCAUCUGCGUCAAAGAAGGUUGCGGGAAGGUGAUCACAAGGUCUUUAAUCAUCGACCCAGAAGUUGCCAUGAAGCCCAAAUAUCUCGAUGCCGACGGUAACGUCCUUCCUUCCACCAAGACUCUCGCAAUCAAGGCUCAAGUUCUCAAUUGGAUUGACCCUAAAAGUGGAGGCGAUCCUGAUGCCAAAUGCAUUAUCUUUUGCCAAUGGAAAACCUUCCUAAGACUCCUCAGCCAGAUCUGCGAGACCGAGAAAUGGGACUACGUUACCCUGCACGGUAGCAUGACCAAGAAGACUCGUGACGCCAACAUCGAAAAGUUCAAGAACGUCGCCAGCGUCAAGAUUCUGAUUGCUACACUCAAGACCGGCGGUGUAGGUCUCAACCUCACCUGCGCCAGAUAUGUUAUCAACGUCGACCCUUACUGGAACUCGGCCGGCGAGAUCCAAGCCUUCUCGAGAGUCUAUCGCAUUGGCCAACAAGAAGAGACCGAAUUUGUCAACUUGACUCUGGCUGGUACAAUCGACGAGCAUCUGAACGGCAUCAAGGAACGCAAGAAGAAGGAGAUCGACCAGGUUACUGCUGGUCACAAGAAAUUGACGAUGAAAGACUUGCUCAAGACUUUUGAGCCCACCGUGGAGGAGAAGAACUCCGAGGAAAGCGCCUCUGAAUAG